CGGCCCCCUUGAAAAUGGAUAGAAGAAUGUGGAAUUUUAUGAUAUUACUUUGGCAUAUCAUGAUGAUGCUAAGUUGGGUAUGUGCAAGAAAUAUGCAUCAUCAUCUUGCAACAUCACAAGGUCUACUUGACCAAGGUAAUGAAUUGAAAUCUCCUAGAGUUCCUUUCUUCAAGCAAAAAGAGGGAAUUGGUGGAAAGGAAGCAGAUGAGGAAGUGCUAAGUAGACUUGGGUCAAGACCACCAAGAUGUGAGCACAGGUGUAGAGGGUGCGCCCCAUGUGUACCGAUUCAGGUCCCUACUGCCGGUGGUCAUGUAGUUACUCCUAAAUCAUAUACCAACUAUGAGCCUGAAGGCUGGAAAUGCAAGUGUGGCUCCAUCUUAUUUAACCCUUAAUUAAUCCCCUUCCCCUUCUACUUCAAAAAAAUAAAUUGUGUAUUUUGAAAAAUUAUAUAUAUGGAUGUCUGAUUAUUGCAAUGCAUAGUGGAAUUGUAAGAUUAGUAUAA